AUGUGGGAGUUCAGAUCCAUGUCGUUCUGGCGGGCGGUGUUUGCCGAGUUCUAUGGCACCAUGUUCUUCGUAUUCUUUGGGCUGGGGGCAGCCCUCCGCUGGACCACCGGGCCGCUUAAUGUCCUCCAUGUCUCAUUUUGCUUUGGGCUGGCGGCUGCCACCCUCAUCCAGUCUAUUGGCCACAUCAGUGGAGGUCACAUUAACCCAGCCGUUACCUUUGCCUACCUGAUUGGCUCCCAGAUGUCCCUGUUCCGUGCCUUCUUCUACAUCAUAGCCCAGUGUCUCGGAGCAAUGGCUGGUGCUGCCGUGCUGUAUGGGGUCACACCCAGCAACAUGAGGGGAAACCUGGCACUCAACACGCUGCAGCCAGGCAUCAGUCUGGGCAUGGCCACCACCAUGGAAGUCUUCCUCACCCUGCAGCUUGUUGUCUGCAUCUUUGCUGUGACUGAUGAGAGGCGCAACGGACGUCUGGGCUCUGCUGCCCUCGCCAUCGGCUUCUCUGUGCUCAUGGGGCAUCUUCUCGGGAUGUACUACACUGGAGCAGGAAUGAACCCAGCAAGGUCCUUCGCCCCUGCUGUCCUGGUCAGGAAUUUUGUCAACCACUGGGUGUACUGGGUGGGUCCCAUGAUCGGUGGAGCCCUGGGUGCGCUGCUGUAUGACUUUAUGCUGUUCCCCCGUAUGCGAGGCCUCUCCGAGAGGCUUGCCACACUGAAGGGCAUCCGGCCCCCAGAGGCUGAGGGCCAGCAGGAGACCAGGGGAGAGCCCAUCGAGCUCAAGACACAAGCUCUAUAA